AAUAUUAUCCAAGUAGCGAUCUCACGCGACCUCAACAAACGGAAGAUGUUGCAUACUUCUCACGGUGCAAAUGACCUCGAGGUCGUCCAGAGAAACGCCUUGGGUUUUGCUAACCCGGGUGUCAACACCAACCGCUGGCUUUUAUUUGGUAAACAUCUUAGCCUUCUUAACCAUUCAUGCAUCCCAAUGCUGUCGUGAGCGAUGCUUGUAAGCAAACGGGUAAGGAUCUCGGGUCCAUGCGACUUGUUGCAACCCGUGACAUCGUAGCCGGCGAGGAGAUAUUGAUGGAAUACAACAGAGGCUCAGCCGACUUCUGGCUACCCCUUCGCGAUGAACGCCGAAGAUUUCUGCAGGAGCAUUGGAGUUUCACCUGUCAGUGCAUCGGUUGCCGUGACGAGAACCACCGGCAGUUCGACGGAGAAUGUCUCAAGAUUUUGACUUUGCAGAACCAGAUCAGAACUCGUCUGCCUGCUCAGCGUCGAUCGAGCCUCACGCAUAUCGCGGUAGGUGGUGUCAUCUCAGACUCUACAUCGACUAUCUCAUUCGCCAUGGUUAUUCAGACUAUAGGCUAACCGAAGCUUGAGUAUAAGGUACAUCUCGAAAGUCGGAAC